GAGGAGAGAGGAGAGCGGAAGUGUUCUAUUUUUUCUCUUCGCUUCCCUUUUUUUCUUCCUUUUGCUUUGCCUCCGCCGCGAUCGAAAGGAGUCAUUCGAACAAUCCAAUUCGACACCGUCGCGCGAGAGAAGGGAGACGAAGUCGUCAAGAGCCAACGGAGCGAAGAAGAAGAAGAAGAAGAAGAAAGACGAGGAUUUCAGGGGAAGACAAAAGGAAGAGGAGGAGGAGGAGGAGGAGGGAGAAUUCGAGCACGCUUUGCGCUCGGAAUCGCCGCGCUCUCUUUCGCAGCUUGGAGGUCCCGAAGACCGGCUUCGGCGCCUGCCCUUCCUCGCAUUCGCGCCCCCAAGGUUCGAUCUUUUCUUCGUCCCUCUGCUUCCCUCUCCCCCGUCUCGCCCGCCGGCUGCAACCAGUGAUCCGCCGAGCAUGCGUUGGCCCUCCGAUCGCAGAGCACGGCGUCAAUCUCCGGAGUAUCUAUAGCGAGCAAUUCGUAUGCAAAAAAAUGUGAUCUUUCUUGAGCUUCCGGCCGCGGAAUUGGUUGUUCCUCUGGUUGGGUUCAGUUCUUCUAGGGUUUUACUCCAGUAUGAUCGCGAUUCUCUUCCGGUGCGAACCCUUUUGAGUUGGUUCGAGCUUGGGAUCUUUGCUCGCGAAGUGGAUGUUUGUCGUCCAUCCUCGCUCUAGGGUUUUGUGCUCCAGAAUUGAGAAUUUCGUUUGAUCGUUCGAAGAUGAGGAGGAGGAGAUUGGUUAUAGCUCUCGCAAUCCGCUGGAAGUGGAUCAAGAUUUAGGUUCUUUUUGGUUGAGAGAAGAGAGUGAAGAAACGAACGGGAACAGUAAUUUUGUAUUGGUCUGGUGAAUUAUAUGGCUACGGUGCACUGAGAAUGCCGACGCCACAGCCUCUCCGGAUCAACCUCGGUGACCUGAAGUUGCAGAUAGAUAAAAAGCUCGGCCCCGAACGGUCCCAGCGAUAUUUUGCUUAUUUGACUCUGUUAUUGUCACAGAGGCUGAGCAAACCAGAUUUCAACAGGUACUGCCUACCGAUCCUCGGGCACGAGAACAUCCAUUUGCACAACCAGCUUAUUCGCUCGAUCCUCAAGAAUGCCUUUCAGGCAAAAACUCCUCCACUUGGCCCUGAGAAGGCUACUUUCAAGCCUAUUGAAGCUGUUGGAAAGAAAUCGUCUCAAGAUGAAAGCAUGGUUAAUCAUUUGGCAGCACCGACACCGAUGCACAGUGUAUGGUCCAAUGGGAGUAUCUUGUCACCAUCUUCUCACAAGGUCAGAUCGUGCAUUCAAGACCGGAGGAUCAAAGACCGGCCUAUUCCUCUUGGACAGAAUGGAACAGCGGAUGCGACUUACCAUGAAUCCUCGGUGCCCUUGGACAAGAAUGUUGCCACAGAGAAUGGCACUCUUGGUCCUCGGAAUCGCAAGAGACCGAUGCAGCAUCAUCAAGGUGUUCCUUCAGAACAGCCUGCAAAGCGACCACGAGCAGGAGAUUUGACACCUCAUGCUCAAGCUUUUCUAGAGAGCAAGGAUUUGGUUGAGGUUGAAGUCAUGAAAGAUGCGGAAGAGUUGCGACAAGCUGUUGAUUUGUACUCCGGGAGAGGUCCUCUUGAGGCUCCACUUGGCGUUCCUUUCUGUCCUGCAAGUUUGGGUGGGGCACAAAGAUCUUUGCCUUUAGGAACUACUUCUAGUAGCGGUAGUCUUACAAGUAACUAUUACCAUGGAGAAUUAUGUCAUAGCGAGAUAUUGAAGAAAAGGAUGGAGAAAAUAGCAGAAGCACAUGGCUUGGAGGGAGUCGCAUUGGACUGCUCUAACCUAUUAAAUAAUGGCCUAGAUGCUUAUUUGAAGCGUCUAAUUAGGUCAUGUGUUGAGUUAUUAGGAUCAAAGUCAGGUCAUGAUCAUAUGAAGCAUCCAUUCUUCCAGCAGCAAGCUCAGAUGACACCAAUUAACGGAGUUUGGCCUGGAAAUCACAUGCAUGCGCAGAAUAGUUCUGGAUCUUCAAACCACAUGCAAUGGCUGAAAACACACCCAGUAUCUGUUCAGGAUUUUAGGAUUGCAAUGGAGCUGAACCCACAGCAACUUGGUGAAGAUUGGCCAUUGCUACUCGAGAAAAUAUGCCUCCAUUCAUAUGAAGAUUAAGAUAGGACAAUUUUGGGGUUUUUUGAUCCGUCAAAUUCUUGUGUGGUGAAUCUUUAAGUACCUCAAGGGUUGGUUUUAUUUUCCCUUCUUGGCUUCACUCAUGGAGCAGUAUCAUGGACCAAGGCAAAAUUAUUUUUCUAAUAUUCCUGAUGUGUUCAAAUGAACCAAACGUCAGUGCUGGAAGGAAGUUUAGUUUUUCCCUCUUUGGCUCAUUGCUGUAUGCUUUUAAUAAGAAAGGGGUUGUUCCACCAGAACCAGAGAGGUCAAGCUUUUAUAUGGUUUUCAGCAUGCUCAGAGAAAAUCAAUUUUGCAAAAUACUGAUGUGUAACUUUUGAUAUAGGUAUAUGUAGGUUCUUAGAGGGAUUGCUGUGUAUGUAACAUUACUUUCAGAAGUUGCUUGAGUAGUUAUAGUCAGUGGCAGCCUCUUACUGUUUCAUGAUUGUCCGGAAGAAAACUUUGUGCCAUCGAAAUAUGAUACACAUCUAAGAAAUCGAGUAUCUGGAGA